UGUGAUAAAGUUGCUAUGUGGGAAGUUACGUUCCCAAUAAUUCGCCACUGCCGUGAUGGCAGGUAAUACAUUCCAAGAUCCGAGGAUAUCCCUGAUAAUGUUGCACCACCUCUUGGCUCUUCAUGAGGAGCUGUUGCAGCUUUGGUCAGUAGGUGGUUUCAACUUCUUCUGAAGUGGGAAGACAUUUGAAAAAUCACUUAAGCAAGGUUCUUUAAGAUUUGUUCAUGCAAGUUGGAAGAGGAAGUGCUUGGGCGACUCAAAUAAUUCGGGCAAUUGAGUAACAUUGAAGGCAUUGCUCCAGGAGACAGUCGUGGAUGUUUUAAUGGAAGAGUGUUAUUGUCCACAAUAGAAGACAGAAUUCUUCUCAAUCACCCAGGAUUGAAAAUGCAAUUCACAAACCUGAAAGUAAACAAUGAGCUUAGCAAGACGUAACGAAAAGACGAGUCUUUAAAAACUCUCUACGCU